GUAAGAUCUGUAGUUCUGAUCUGUUUAAAAUGAACUGAAUUAAUAUAAUUUAUUAAAAAAGAUUAGUAAAAUGCAGAGAAGGGUAGUUGUAACUGGUCUUGGAGUAGUAUCCCCUGUUGGUACCGGCGUCAAAGAAGCGUGGAAAAAUAUUAUUUCUGGAAAAUCAGGAAUAACAAGGUUAGAAGGUCCUGAAUAUGAAUCUUUACCGUGUAAAAUUGGGGGUUAUGCCAAAGACAAGGGAGAGAAAAUAAAUUUAUCAAACUAUUUUAGUAAAUCAGAAUUAAGAACAAUGGCUCGUGCAACCGGAUUUGCACUUAUAUCUGCCAAAGAGGCUUUGGAGGAUGCAAAAUUAGAUCAAAUGGAUGAAAACACUAAAAACAUAGCUGGAGUAGCUGUCGGAAUGGGUAUGGUAGAUCUAGAAGAUAUUUGUAGUACUUAUGAUGCUUUAAAAAAAGGGUAUCAUCAUGUAAGCCCUUAUUUUGUACCCCGAAUUCUUCCCAAUAUGGCUGCUGGACAAAUAAGCAUCAAAUAUGGUUUAAGGGGACCUAAUCAUUCAGUAUCCACAGCAUGUGCAACUGGUGCACAUGCCAUUGGAGACUCUUUUAGAUUUAUAAGAAAUGGAGAUGCCAAUAUUAUGAUUUGUGGAGGCACAGAAUCUUGUAUAUCUCCUAUGUCAAUAGCUGGAUUUUCUAGGCUAAGGGCUUUAAGUACUUCCUUUAAUGAUCAACCUGAAAAAGCUUCUAGGCCUUUUGACAAAUUGCGAGAGGGAUUUGUUAUGGGGGAGGGAAGUGCUGUUUUAAUAUUAGAAGAAUUGCAACAUGCUUUAGACAGGAAUGCUCACAUUUAUGCUGAACUUUUAGGUUAUGGUUUAUCUGGAGAUGCAUCCCACUUAACAGCUCCUAGAUCUGAUGGCGCUGGAGCCCGUUCAGCUAUGGAGAGAGCAUUAAAAGACUCUAGGAUAGAUUCUAAUCAAGUUACGUACAUAAAUGCACAUGCCACCUCAACUCCAAUUGGAGAUUCAAUAGAAACUAGAGCUAUCAAGGAUCUAUUUGGUCCAUCCUGUAAUAAUAUUUCUGUUUCAUCAACAAAGGGAGCUCAUGGGCAUUUAUUAGGGGCAGCUGGUAAUUUAGAAGCUCUUUUUACAAUAAAAGCUAUAGAAGAAGGUGUUUUGCCUCCUACAGUAAAUUUGGAAAAUACGGAAGACAAUGAAAUUAAUUUUGUUCCUAUUAUAAGUCAAAAAUGGAAAAAGUGUGAUAGAAGAAUAGCAUUAAAAAAUGCUUUUGGUUUUGGAGGUACUAAUGCUAGUUUAUGUUUUGGACAAUUUGUUAGAUAAUUAGGUAAUAUAAUAAAGCUGUUUUUAACUGUU